AUGAGGACGAUGGACAUCGGGUUGAAAAACCGUGAUUACUAUUUGGAGCGGGCAAUCCCCAUCCUCAAGGCUCUCAACAGUGGCCUUAAAAAGAGGAGCUUUUUCCCAGCCCGCGAGUGUCUUGCGAUGCAGAUUGCUACAAACUUGGCUCUGACGAAUCACGACCUCAAGUCGAUUCCAGGCUGUUGGAUCGCUCUUGAAACUCAGCAACUGUGCAAAACUCUUUUGAGUAACUUUGCUCACAUAGAUCAAUGGGCGCAACGUAGGCCCCCGAAUGGUCCUCUGACUCGUCUUCUUGGCACCAAUAAUCCUUACAGGGAACAGGCCCCUACGAACGACCGGUUGAAGAAAAGCUCCAUUAUAGCCUUCUUUCAAGCCACGGAUUCUGAGCAUCUUAUUCGUACGAUUGAUGUUAAUUGCUCUCGCCUUUAUAAACUUAUCUACGGUGGCAACGAUGACAGCGUCAGCGUACCUGAUAGCUUCAACCCGGGCUCAAAAAAUCACCUUGAUGUUUUUGGCAGAGAUCUGUUCAACGCACUUGAACAGCCCUUCAGUACAGGGUCACUGGACCAGCUGUCAAAGCUCGAGUCAUCAUUUCAUUCUGGAAGAGCUGUUCUACCUGACAAGUGGCUUCAAGAUCUGUAUUCGAUUGGCGAGUUGGUAGAACUACACCGACGUCGUCACAAAGUAGAAUCUGUGAUCCGCGUGGCCAUCUUGGACACUGGCAUUGACGAAGACAUGUCUAGGCGUAUAAAAAGAAAACGAGAUUUUGUCAAUGGCGCAACCAACAGGACGACAGAUGACUUUGGUCACGGCACCUUCAUGGCCAGGCUUGUUAUGAACUGUGCGCCCUCGGCUGAAAUCAUCGUCGCACGUGUGUCGAAGAGCACAAAGAGCUUGGAAGUGAGCCAGGAGAACGUUAGGGACGCAAUUUUAUGGGCUGGUAUAGAAUGCAAGGCAGACAUCAUUUCUAUGUCAUUCGGAUUCCCAAAGAAUCAUAAUGGCAUUGAUAAUGCUAUCAGAGACGUCCUGCGUCAAAGAGAAGAUUCUGUGCUCUUCUUUGCAAGCGCCGGCAACGCCACUUUUGAGAAUGAAUGCUUUCCCGCUCGCCAAUCAUAUGUGAUAUCGAUUCAUGCCGCCAAUUGUCACGGAACUUUCCUGGAGACGAACCCUCGGCUGCCCGAAUGGGCCCCUGCUAUAUGGGGUACGUACGGAAGUGACAUUCCGGAUGAAUUCAUCACGACUAUUCAACAGAGACAUCGGGGUGUCUACCAACCUGGAUCAUCCAUUGCCACAGCCGUGGCGGCAGGCAUCAGUGCCACCAUGAUUGCCUAUGCAGAUGUUCUGCCCUAUCUCGAGCCGUCUGUGAAGGAGAAUGACGGGUUACUCCGACUUAAGCUGCUCCGACAGCAGAUCGGCAUGGAAGCAUCCAAUAUCAUUCUGGAGAGAUACGACGCCCGCCCGGGAUUCAACCGGGCAUCUUGA